AUGGAGCAGGCGGCGUCGGGCCCGUGGGACGCGCUGCUGUGGAGCCUGCUGGCCGUGGACAACGCGGCCCGCAACGCGGCCGAGGCGCAGUUCGCCACGCUCAAGCAGAGCGCCUGCAGCGACGAGGUGCUGCUCGGCCUGGUGCGCGUGGUGCACUCGGCCAGCCCGGACGACGUGCGCGCGCUGGCCGCCGUGCUGCUGCGGCGCGUGCUGCUGCGCGACGCCGUGUCGCUCUGGCCGCGCGCGUCGGACGCGGCCCGGGCCACGGUCAAGCACGAGCUGCUGGCCGUGCUCGAGGCCGGCGAGAAGAACCGCGGCAUCCGCCGCAAGGUGUGCGACACGGUGGGCGAGCUGGCCAGCAGCAUCCUGGAGGACGGCCAGUGGGACGACCUGCUGCCCAAGCUGCUGCAGUGGAGCAACGCGCCCAUGGUGACGCUGCGCGAGGCCGCGCUGCGCGUGCUGGAGAUGGGCCUGGCCGACCGCGAGGGCCGCGUGGCCCUGAACGCGCUGCGCGCGCUGGGCAUGCUGCUGCUUAAUCUGGACGCGCUGGACCAAGUGCCGCGGCCCGAGCUGCUGGCCAGCGCCGUGCCCCUUGUGCUGGCCGCGCUGCACUCGCUGCUUGUGACCCACCAGUUCGAUGAGGUGAUGGAGGCGCUGGAGGUGCUCAUUGAGGUGGCCGAGCCCCACGCGGCCUUCUUCAAGCCGUGCCUGCGCGAGUUCGUGGAGACCAUGGUGCAGAUCGCCGAUGCCCCGCGUGACGAGAACGACGACAAUGCUAUGCCCGACGGAUGCAGACAACUGGCCAUGGAGUUCCUGGUCUCGCUGGCGGAGCAGGCUCCUUCGCGCUGCCGGAGACUGCCCAAGAACAUGUUCGUGGAGACGGUGUACCCUGUGGCUUUCAAGAUGAUGCUGGAGCUGCAGGACUUGGACACUUGGGACGUGGCCAAUUGCGAGGAUGAACAGUCUGCUGGCGGCCAAGGUAUCGACCAGGAGAUCUCCAACUUUGACGUGGGCUCCGAGGCUCUCGAGCGGUUAGUGGGUGCGCUGGGCGCCAAGCGCUCGCUGCCCACGUGCUUCGCACUGAUUCAGGAAUAUGCUGCUCGCUCUGACAACUGGGUGAGCCGCCACGCCGCCUUGGUGGGCCUUUGCCAGAUUCUGGACGUACUCGACAACGAAAACUUGGACGCUAUCGUGCGUCACCUUCUGGCCCAGGCUAAUGACCCGCACCCGCGCGUGUGCUGCACGGCCGUAGACGUGAUCGGCCAGCUGUCUGUCGACCAGGCCCCGCAGUUCCAGGAAGCUUACCACUCCCAGGCGCUCACUGUGCUGGCACACUACCUCGAAGACUUUAACAAGCCGCGUCUGCAGGCUCAUGCUGCUACCGCGCUUCGCCAGUUCAUCGACAUGUGCCCGCCCGAGCUCCUCACGCCGUAUCUGGACAAGAUGCUUCACCAGUUGUUCGCGUUGCUGCAGCACGGCCAGUCAAUGGCCCCGGGUACCAACCAAGCGCCUACUCAGGUCUUCAUCGCCACGCGCGUUGUGCAAGAGCAAGCUAUCACGGCGAUCUCGUCGGUGGCUACGGUGGCUGGUGCUUCGUUCAGCAACUACUACGCGGCUGUGAUGCCCCCUCUCCAGCAAAUUCUCAUGAGCUGUCUCCAAGAGAGCAUGUUGGCUGCGGCCGCAUCGCCGGCAGUGCUCAAGCCGCAGUCCAACGCGCCCAGUUCUUUUACGCUUGGAGGUAUCACGCUCGAGUGCUUGAGUCUUAUCGGCCAGGCUGUGGGUAAGGAAGUUUUCUCUCGCGACGCGCCCGCUAUCCUGAAGGUGAUGGCGGAAAUGCAGGCGACUCCGUCCAUCGUAGGCAACGAGUUGAUCCGCACGUAUCUGCUGCAAGCCUGGGCCCGAUGCUGCACGUGUCUCGGCCGUGAUUUCGCGCCGUACCUGCCGCUCGUUAUGCCGACGCUUCUCGAGGCCGCUACCCAGCAGGCGGAGUUCGAGGUGGACCCUUCUACCCUGUCUAGUGACGACGACGACGACGAAAGCGGUGGCUCUACGGACAGCGAAGACAUCCAGCUUGCGCAGGUCAACGACAAGUGCCUCAGCAUCCGGACAUCCAUCCUGGAAGAGAAGGCCACUGCGUGCCAGCUUCUGGCCGGUAUGGUGACGGACCUGGAAGACGCCUUCUUCCCGUACGCUGAACAGGUGACGCAGGUGCUGGCCCCGCUGCUUACGGAGUCGGUGCACUCGGACAUCCGUGCCUCGGCCAUUCGUGCUAUGCCUGCUCUUGUUAAGUGCGUGGCCAUUUCGACCGCGGCGCCAGCGUCGAAGGAUCACGGCGAGGCUGCUAUCAAGCAGAUGGUGGACUUUGCUCUCGGUCGCCUGGUGAAUGCCCUGACGUCGGAGCCGGAAGUGGAUUUGGUUGUGAGCAUCAUGCAGAGUAUGAUUAGCUGCCUCAACGAUGCGCGUGAGCUUCACCCGACACUGGAGCUUAACGAGGCCCAACUGCGUGAGCUGGUGCAUGGUCUGCUUGUGGUGCUGGGUGACAGCUUCCAGCGCCGCGCAAUGCGGAGAGGUGGCGCGGGUAGCGACGACAUGGAGGCCGGCGAGGCGGAGGAAGAAGAGGACGAUGACGCCUCGCAGUCGAGUGAGAACCAAGUGGCGGAACAGGAGCUCCAGUUCGUGUUGGCCGAGUGCAUCGGUACUCUGGCCAAGACUCACGGUGGCGCGUUCUUCCCGGUGUUCAUGACGCUUCUGUGGGACAAGGUGGCUGCUCUGGCUGCUCCUGGGUGCCUGGUGGAAGACCGUCGACUUGCGCUGUUCGUUAUUGAUGAUGUGUUGGAGCACUGCGGUGGACCCGCGAUGCGUCAACUCGAUGUCUUCCUGCCUGUCCUGGAAAGCGCGCUGCGUGAAGUGACUGAGCCUGGACUUGUGCAGGCCGCUGCCUUCGGCGUGGGCGUGUGCGCCUCCCAGGGCGGUGAUGCCUUCGCUCCUCGCGCCGAGCAGUGCUUGCAGUUGCUGCACAACGUGGUCGCUCACCCGCGGGCCCACAGCAGCCCGGAGCAGCGCAACGCGACCGACAACGCCGUGGCAGCGCUGGGCAAGUUCUGCGAGUUCCAGGGGGGCGCUGUGGAUGCCGCUACGCUGUUCCCUCAGUGGCUGGAGUUGCUUCCGCUCCGUGGUGACCUGGAAGAGUCUCUGGCUGUAUCACGCCGGCUGUGCCGCUACGUCAACGACAGGCAUCCUCUCGUUCUCGGCGCGCCGGACUACCGGCAUCUAGGCAAGGUUGUCGCCGUUCUAGCCGCAGUGGCCGAGGAGAAGUUCCUGCGCAAGAUGAGCAAGGCAGUCGGCACGAAGGAGGCGUCGGGUCUGCGUCAGGAGCUGUCGACCACACUCACUGGCCUCCGUGCCACGGUACCGGAACCCGUCAUGGGCCAAGCUUGGGCCUCCCUCCCUGCCCCGCAGCAGGCGGCGUUGCACGCGCUGUUCGCGUAG